UUCCACCCUGACCGACAUGGUGUAAACUGGUGCAGUAUUUACCUCAUCAGGCGACCAGUUGACCUUUGCUCCAAUCCACUCAUAACAUAAUGUAUAUAUAAAUUCAAAUGUAACAUUAUGAACAGCCUAUACAAGUAAAGUAGCCAAACGUAGAUGACUGUUUUAGUUGAUAAAACCAGCCUGCUUCCAUAGUCGUCCAAAAUGCAGACCGUUUGGCUAAUCUUUCUGUUGGCCGUCUCUGUCACUGUUGUUAGAGCUAACACCAUCCCCUCUCAUAAAUGCCCUGACGAGUAUUUCGAGUGUCGAAGUGGACAAUGUAUACCCCUGCAGUGGCUAUGCGACGGCAGCGUUGAUUGCGACAACGAGGGCGACGAUGGGCUGGAUGAGGCUGGUUGUCACAAUACGCCAACCUGCGGUUCCAAUGAAUUCCAGUGUGGAAACGGCAGAUGCAUUACAAGACUGUGGAUGUGCGACCACGACAACGACUGCAACGACAACAGCGAUGAACAAAACUGCCCAGAAUAACUCAAGCGUGAAGACAUUUCAAGACUAACCAACAACAAAAGAAAACAAAAGCUUGAUGGAUCGGUGUCUCAAAAAAGAAUUUUUAAUAUGGAAAAGGGAUAUUUUGAAAUGUUUUAUCGAUAUAUGAAUUUAGUUUAUAUUUAAUUUUCGCGGCUCCACACUUUUCUAAUAAAUUACAAGGCAGUUAAAGGGACAGACCCUAGUUUUUAAACACUAUGUACAGCAUAUUUUUCACUAUUAGAGCUGUUUAUGAUCACUGAAAUCAAACAUUACUUAUAUUUUAUUCUUUAGAUUAUCCAGUUCCGUAGAUUCCGAAGUGUUUCUGGUCAUCCUGGUGUUUCUAAUUCCCCCAAAAUGCAUUUUUCAUAUUUUUAAAAACGCACGUGCUUCUGAGAAGUAGCGGUUAUUGAUUUAAGUUGUAGUCUAAUUUCAAGGAUAUUUCUUGGUUUCAACGUCAACGACUCUACUUUCACUCUAUUGUAGCUUUAUCCAAAUGACUUACAGGCUUGUAAAUUAACUAAACUUAAAGUGUCAAUUUUUUUUUUAAGAGUUAAAACUGGGGUUUGCGCCUUUAAAAUGUGUAAAAUUUUCAGAAAUGUGUCCCGUCUGUCAAACCGAAGACCUAAUAUAUUAAAUGAUAAACUGUAUUCCAUAUGCUAACUUGUUGUAAAGCAAGAACACUAAUCGGGGUUUAUGAGACAGCGGUGGGUAUAAGGAAUCCUUGCCCUUUAAAGCAUAAUAAACAAAAGAAGAACAGAAUAAUACAGAGGUGAAAGAAAAUACCCGUAAUAACUCCUUUCCUUAUCACAAAUCGUAGACCCACCCUUGAUCAACAGUGUUGUUGAGACGUGUUGUAAAUAAUCAUUUAUUUAUUUUUCAAAUAUAUUGGUCUUUACAGCUUAAA